AUGUCUCUGCUUCUCACCCGGCUGUCCAAGCUCUGCCUUGGGAAACAUGCGUUAGUAAGAUCCUCUCUUCUGCUUCUCUCUAAUGGCUUCUCAUCUUCCUUGCUGCAAACACCUCCUUGUUCCAUCCUCUACGCUUCUCCAUGUGGAGCGGAUCUCGGAAGACUCACCAUUAGAUAUGCUAAUGUCCGUGCCUGCACUCAGUUGGAAAAGAAGGUGCCUAUGGAGUUGAUGGAGGAAUUGGGAACGAUAGGAUCAUCCAAUGGCUGGGUAGCUACUCUGAAGGACGGCGUGGUUCGUCUCCAAGAUGAUCUAAACCCUUUUGCAUCGGAUACAGCCCCGAAACGCAUUCCCCUGCCUCCUCUUGUAACUCUGCCUCGUUGUCAAACCCAAAUCGUCACCAACGUGUCAAUGUCCACACCUUCUCCUGAGGACGAAGACUGUGUUGUGGCUGUCAAGUUCUUGGGACCUCAACUCAGCUUUUGCAGACCCGCUCAAAGUAACUCCGGGUGGACCAACAUUAGAAUCCCACACCCCUGCUUCUUCUCCUCCCGAGUUAUGUAUUCCAAGAAAGAUGAUACGUUUCGCAUUACCGGAUCUGGAGGCCAUAUCAUCGCAUCAUGGGAUCCUCGCACACACAAGAACAAACCAAAGUUACAGAGGUUACGAUUUCAUAACCUCCCUGAGCUGACCAAGACCAAACGAGAGCUUUUGCAUUCGUGUUGCACGAGCGAACACUUGGUGGAGUCAGGAUCUACCGGUGAAACCUUCUUGGUUAAGUUGUACAGGAAGGCCACCGCCAGUGGUACCGUGAAAAUGCAAACGAAAGGUGUAAUGGUGUUCAAGCUUGACGAAAAAGGCAACGCAGUUUACACUCCAGACAUUGGAGACCUCUCCAUUUUCAUCUCAAAGUCUGAACCUUUUUGUGUCCCUGCUAGCUCCUUUCCAGGCAUGUUCUCUAACAUCAUCAACUUCUUGGAUGUCGAUGAAAGGGCCACUGUCAGUGUUGAGCAUUCUUACAUCACUAGUCGAAAUUGUACGCCCGAGGCGCCUUACUAUAUUCCACCACAAAAAAUAGUCUAG